UCCGGUUUGGUACAAACAAAGCGAAACCGUUGGGUGUUGCAAAUAUUUCCAUAAUAACAUGUUUUUUUGGGUCCCACCGGGUUUUGAUCUCGUGUCGCUGGGGUGAGAGUCCAGAGACCUAACCACUGCACAAUGGAACCCUCGCUGGAAUCGCAUGGAAGCAUGUAAGCCUUCAUCAUGAUGACCACCAAAAGGCUGGAUCAAUUUGAGGUGGUGUGCGAGUGGGCGUCGUGCGGUUUCAGAGGACGUAGCAUGGAGGAGCUGAGCGACCACAUGUCUGCUCAUUUGAGAGAGUACCUGGGGGACAAGGACACCCUGGAGGAGCUGGAUGAGUACACUUGCCUGUGGAAGGGCUGUCCGUUCGUCUCCAUGGGCAGCCCGGCAGAGUUGGAGGCGCACGCGUACUUCCACAACUACCACACCAAGCUGAAGUUUGUGGGCUCACAGCUGCUCCGGUCUCGCCCAGACCUGCCCGCCUGCACCCACGCCGUGCACAGCAACAACCUGCUGCCCGAGUGCUCCGACCGUCACGUCUGCCAGUGGGAGAACUGUGAUAGCACAUUUACCAAUCCCGAGUGGUUCUAUCGCCACGUGGACAAUCACAUCGAAAGCGCCGAGCCGCAGUCGCUUUCGUAUCAACAGCAGGCUCUCUACUGCCGCUGGUCAGGCUGCGAUGCCUACUUCAAGAUCCGCUACCGCCUGAGGGAACAUACGCGAAGUCACACGCAGGAAAGACUAGUGGCCUGCCCCACCUGCGGCAGCAUGUUCUACAGCAACACCAAGCUCUUUGACCACCUCCACAGGCAGGCCCAGCCAGUGGAGUCACUCGUGUGUGAACACUGCGGAAAAGCUUUUUCCAGCGAGAGACUCUUGAGGGAUCACGUACGACAGCAUGUGAAUCAGGUCAAGUGUCCUUUCUGCGAUAUGACGUGCACCACACUGGCCGCCCUUAAGAUCCACAUCAGGUUCCGGCACUGCGACGAGCGGCCGUUCCCUUGCGACUUCUGCGAUAAAAGGUUCAAGAAUCAGCGAGACCUCCAGAAGCACACAGACGUCCACAACGAGGGCUCGGUGUUCCACUGCUCCGUUGAAGGCUGCACGUAUUCCUGUCAGACUUUCCAGACCAUGAACCAACACUUCAAGAGGGUGCACGAGGUGGGGGGCAUGUCCAAGUAUAAAUGUCACCUUUGUGACAAGGUGUUCUCCUGGUGUUAUACGCUCACGCUUCACCUGCGAAAGAUACAUGAACUCAAGUGGCCCUCUGGACAUUCACGAUUCAGAUACAGGAAGGACGUGGACGGCUUCCUGAAGCUGAACAUGGUGCGCGUGGAGACUGAGGAGGUGACCAAAGAAAUCAUGAAGAACAUGAACAAGAAAGCUGCCAGCCUUCGCAAGAGUCAGCGAAGCCGUGGCGAGAGGGCCGCCGUCACGCCCCACAGCGGACGCUGCUCUCCGUCCUCGUCCUCCUCUAACUCCUCCUCGGAGGAAGUGUCCACUCAGUCCAGUCCCCAGCAAGGCAGCGAUUCGCCCGUCUACUGCGUGAUGAGCACCAUCCCGCACAUCGAGGACGAGCUCGACGGGAGCGGCCAGGAGGAGGGCGACGCCGGCGGGACGUCUGGAGCCGUGCAGGCUCUCACCAUGGUGGCCAGGGGGCUGGGCAUGGAUGUUGUGUGACAGCACUGACAUAGCGUUUUUAGCUGAACCUCAUUUUAUUGUUCUCAAAUGUUGACUUGAGCCUUCAUUGUUCUAGAUUCCAAAUACAUGUUUUUUUUUCUUAAUAAUGCUGCUUUUAGAUUUA